UAAGCUACCAGCGUCGACGGUGAUACGGAUCAGUAGCCACAGUUCACGAGGCGGCUGUGCACAACAGCCGAGUGUGCAAUCGAUGGCGGCGAAGUGUCGUUUCACUGAGUAGGCCAAGUGUGUUGUGUUUGUUUUGAUCGCAAAAUCGACUUCAAACCGGGCUUGUUUUGAGACCUCAGUGAUUAGUGUGGUAUCACCACGUAUUAUGUCGACUGCCGGGAAAAACAGGUGCUAGAUCUAGGACACAGUAGCCAUGGAGGCAGCGGCAGAAGAUUCUGGAAUCUUGUCAGGCGUGACGUUGUACCUGAUACUGGGAGCCUUCACUGCUGGCGUCUACGUCAUCUAUAACGCUCUGACGUCACAAGAAAGCUGGGAGAAAUAUGGCGUCAAGCAGGCCAAGAUGGGAUUGGUUAAUUUAGCGGAUGGGUUCGCCAAACUGUUUGAGGACCAAGGCGACACAUUCGGCAUCAGCCACGGUCACAUGUUGCUGGUGACCAGAGAUCUGGCACUACUCAGGGAAAUCAUGGUCAAAGACUUCAGCAACUUUGGCGACCGUCUGGGGCUAAUUAACACGCGCUCCGUCAUCGCCAAGGGACUUUUCUUUCUCACGGGUCACGAUUGGAAGCGGAUCAGGCAGAUUGUGUCCCCUUCGUUCAGCACCAGUAAGCUAAAACACAUGUCCAAGACAGUGGAAGAACGAGCCAUCAAGCUGACCCAGGUGCUAGAAGACUAUGCCAGACAAGGGAAACUCCUCCCCGUCAAGGACAUCGCUGGUCAGUACACGAGUGAGAUCAUCGCCAGGACAGCGUUUGGGUUCAACACCCACAGUCUGGGGGGUCCGGACGAUGAGUUCACCUCCUAUAGUAAAAACAUGAUCAAAGACAGAGGCAGCAUCAUGUCUAAGUUGAUGCUUGUCUUCUUAAGAUUUGAUGCCUUCCACAAGUUUUGUGUCAAGACACUAAAGAUCAAAGUUCUGGAUGGGUUUCGAGAAGAUGCUGAAGUGUAUUUUAAAACAAUUUUGAAAAGAUCCCUGGAAGAAAGGAAAGAGAUGGAGAUGAAGGGAGAGAAGGUGCCACAAGAUUUCCUGCAGAGUUUGAUCCAGGCUAAAGCAGCUGGGGACAGGGGGGAACUGGUUGAAAACACUGACGACAUUGACGAUGAAAUGUCGCGAAACAGCGUUGGCUUUGACAAACAACCAAAGACAAUGUCCACCGAGGAGCUGAUGGGUCAGUCCGUGUUGGUCAUAUUUGCUGGGUUUGAGACCACGUCAACAGCCCUACAGAUGUGCUUGUAUCUGUUAGCCAAACAUAAGGAUAUCCAGGAUAAAAUGUAUGACGAGAUUGAAAGAGUAGUACAGGGGGAAACGCCCACCUAUGAAGAGCUGCAUCAGUUGACCUACAUAGAGCAGGUGAUCAACGAGACCUUGAGGCUGUAUCCCCCCGCCCCCAUCAUGUCCAGAAGAGCUGCUCACACCAAAACUUACGGACACGUCACCAUCCCUAAGGGGGCGGGGGUCAUCAUUCCAAUAUUCGCUGUUCUCACCGACCCCAAGCAUUACCCCGACCCCGAAAAAUUCGACCCCGAGAGAUUUAGUGAAGAAAACAAAGCCAAACGUGACCCCAUGGCCUUCAUGCCUUUCGGAUAUGGCCCCAGGAUUUGUAUUGGGAUGAGACUUGCCUUACUGGAAAUGAAAAUUGCCCUGGCCACACUUCUCAGAAAGGUUAGAGUCGAGCUAAGCGAGGAGACGGAACCUAAGAAGGGUGAAGAUGUUGUGGUGAGGGCAGAGGCUAUUAUGAAAACAGAAAAACCCGUUAAACUGGCCGUCAAGUUGAGGUCAGAAUGACCUUAAUAUGAACUGAACUUUGAUAUUUCAUACAUUUUUCUAACAUAAAAAAAAAAAUGAUUAACCAAAUAUUGAGAUUGAGGCACGAUUAGUUCCAAAUAGGCAUUUUUAU